CACCUCAACAGCGCGACUCGACUCAGCGCACCACACCACAAAGUACCUCCAGCAGUGCUCCCUGCGUGUCGCCGGCAUUCACUUCCCUCACUGCAUCCUUCCCUCUUUGCACCAUGUCUGCCAUUGCCGAUGGAACCAUCCCAAAAAAGAAGCCAGUUUCCUACUCGAAUUUGUUGCUCGGCGCGGGUCUCAACAUGUUUGAAGUCUCCACUCUUGGACAGCCCUUCGAGGUGCUCAAGACACACAUGGCUGCCAACCGUUCAGACGGUCUCCUCACGGCAUUCAGCAAAACCUGGGGUCGUGGUGGUGUCUUUGGCUUUUACCAAGGAUUGAUUCCUUGGGCAUGGAUUGAAGCUUCCUCUAAAGGUGCCGUGCUCCUCUUCACCGCUUCCGAGAUUGAAUAUCUCGCUCGCGUCCAGGGUGCUUCCCCCUUCACCGCGGGUAUUCUCGGUGGUAUGGGUGGUGGUGUAGCUCAAGCCUAUGCUACCAUGGGUUUCUGCACAAACCUCAAGACUGCCGAAAUCACGCGUCACAAGGCCAUGACUGCCGGUGUCGCGCCACCUUCGACAUUCAAGGUGUUUGCUGAUAUCUGGAAGGCAGAAGGUAUGCGCGGUAUCAACCGUGGUGUCAACGCCGUCGCUAUUCGGCAAUGUACAAAUUGGGGAUCGCGUAUUGGUCUUUCGCGACUCGCUGAAGAUUGGGUGCGUACUCUCACAAAGAAGGAAAAGGGACAGGGCCUGUCGGUGACGGAGAAGAUUGGUUGUUCAGCCGUGGGUGGUGGUCUGUCGUGCUGGAACCAGCCUAUUGAGAUUAUCCGUGUUGAGAUGCAGAGUAUGAAGAAGGAUCCCUCAAAGCCCUCUGGUUUGGGUGUUGGUGGUACACUCAAGUACAUCUACUCCAACAGCGGCAUCAAGGGUCUCUACCGUGGAGUCACGCCUCGUGUCUGCCUCGGUAUCUGGCAGACACUGUGCAUGGUCACCCUGGGAGACUAUGCCAAGCUCUACGUUGAGAAGCUGACUGGCGAAAAGGCUACCGCAAAACAUUAGACUUUCAACUUUCUAGAAUAUGCACCUCGUUCAUUACUCGCUUACCAAGAACACCGACUGUCCAAGACGUCAUGCUGGUAAAUAGAUCUGCCGCACGUCAAAGUAGCCCUGUGCGAUGUCUACCGACGGGCCUUCCGGCGCGGCCUCUUUCAAGGUCCGUCCGUCGCCCAUGCCAGUGAUGCCACGCUUUUCUCGCGCGUA